GAGACGUGCACCAACGCCGGCGCUGGACGAACCCGUCUGACACCGCAGCGCCGCAGGUCAAAGGUCAGAGAAGCAGACGUUCACUCAGUUCAGUCCAUGGGACUAUAAAAGCAGAGGAGACCUUCAAGUCUUCCUCACAUCUUCCUGAUCUCAGCCUCCCUCCUCCUCCUCCUCCUCCUCCUCUUCAUCUCAGUCUCACCUCCUCCAGCUCAACAGCUUUGCUCCAAGAUGGCGGCGCUGUGGCUCCAGUCGGUCUCUCUGCUCGUCCUGAUGCUGGUGUCCUGGUCCGGCUCGCAGGCCGUGGUCCCCCCCCUGCACCUCUGCGGCGCCGACCUGGUCGACGCCCUCUACCUGGUCUGUGGCGAGAGAGGCUUCUUCUACACCCCCAACAGGGGUCCUCUGAAGUCGGGCGGAGCCGCGGCUGGCGGCGGCGAGACCGAGGACGCCGAGUUCGCCUUCAAGGACCAGAUGGAGAUGAUGGUGAAGCGCAGCAUCCGGGAGCCGUGCUGCCACAAGCCCUGCAACAUCUUCGAACUGCAGAGCUACUGCAACUGAACCCCCCCCCGGCCCAUGGCCCCCUCACCCCCCGGCCCUUUGCAUCAGAGGAGCGCCACUGCUGUUGUGUCUCUGUCAAAUGAAACGCUGAGAAAUGGAUGAAAUUAUUUUUCCUAGAAAAUAAAGUUUUGUGAAUUCAGAAAAUA